GCCGCGGCCGCCCCGCGCCGGCGCUCUACGCCAAGCCUCUCGCCCGCCCCGCCCCGCGCCGGCGCCGCCUCUCGCUCCGCCUCCGGCCUCCUAGGCGAACUGCGGGCCUCGGCGCGGCGGACCCGCGGGUGCUGCCGGGGCUACGCGAUGGAGUCGAGGGGCGGCGGCGCGGAGGCCUCGGGCGGCCCGCGGGUGCUGGUGGUGGGCGGCGGCAUCGCGGGACUGGGCGCGGCGCAGCGGCUCUGCCGCCACCCCGCCUCUCCGCACCUGCGGGUCCUGGAGGCCACGGCCCGUGCCGGCGGCCGCAUCCGCUCCGAGCGCAGCUUCGGUGGCGUGGUGGAGGUGGGCGCGCACUGGAUCCAUGGCCCCUCCCAGGGCAACCCUGUGUUCCAGCUGGCGGCCAGGUACGGGCUCCUGGGGGAGAGGGAGCUGUCCGAGGAGAACCAGCUGCUGGAGACGGGCGGCCACGUGGGCCUGCCCUCCGUGUGCUACAGUAGCUCCGGGGCCUGCGUGAGCCUGCAGCUGGUGGCCGAGAUGGCCAGUCUGUUCUACGGCCUCAUAGACCAGACGCGAGAGUUCUUGCAUUCCACCAAGACCCCGGUGCCCAGCGUUGGGGACUUCCUCAAGCGGGAGAUCGGCCAGCUGGCAGCCGGCUGGACGGAGGACGAGGACACCAGGAAGCUGAAGCUGGCCAUCCUGAACACCUUCCUGAACGUGGAGUGCUGCGUGAGUGGCACCCACAGCAUGGACCUGGUGGCCCUCGCGCCCUUCGGGGAGUACACGGUGCUGCCGGGGCUGGACUGCACCUUUGCUGGGGGCUACCAGGGACUCACAGACCACUUAGUGGCCUCCUUGCCGAAGGACGUGAUGGUCUUUAACAAGCCCGUGAAGACGGUGCACUGGGCUGGAGCCUUCCAGGAGGCGGCAUCUCCCGGCGAGACCUUCCCGGUGUUGGUGGAAUGUGAGGAUGGAGACCGCUUGCCUGCCCAUCAUGUCAUCAUCACCGUGCCCCUAGGCUUCCUUAAGGAGCGUCUGGACACCUUCUUUGUGCCUCCGCUGCCUCCCGACAAGGCAGAAGCCGUCAAGAAGAUGGGCUUUGGGACCAACAAUAAAAUCUUCCUGGAGUUCGAGGAGCCCUUCUGGGAGCCGGCCUGCCAGCACAUCCAGCUGGUGUGGGAGGACAGCUCACCCCUGCAGGACGCCGCCCCCGUGCUGCCCGACACCUGGUACCGGAAGCUCAUCGGCUUUCUCGUGCUGCCACCCUGCGGGUCUGUCCAUGUGCUGUGCGGCUUCAUCGCUGGGCUGGAGUCCGAAUUCAUGGAGACGCUGUCGGAUGAAGAGGUGCUCACAUCUCUAACCCACGUGCUCCGGAAAGCCACAGCUGCAGGUCCUGUUUGCGGGGGAGGCCACGCACCGCACGUUCUACUCCACCACGCACGGAGCCCUGCUCUCCGGCUGGCGGGAGGCCGACCGCCUCGCUGGGCUGUGGGAGCCACAGGCGCCGCGGCCAUGGCCCAGGCUUUAGGCGGCUUCCCGGUCCGGGGAGUUACGGCCGCCGCCCCCUCCGUCCUCACUGGAGCCUACCGGGGCUGGCCUGAGCCGCGCGGCCCUGGCCCAGAAGCCAGGCCUGGCGGUGCCACCGCGCGCAUAAAGCUCCUGAAAUGUCCGUGUGUCCGGUGUGGUCUUUGCUCCCAGGCUCCCACGCUGCCCUGGCGCGGGGAGGGGGGUGUGGGGCGCCACCUGGGUCUCCCACGGGGGUGGCAGGUGCCCUCCAGGUGCGCAUCCUCGGGGACACGCGGCUUUGGGAUGCGGAAGCCCGUGGAUACGUCUUAACCCGAGUGCCUAACG